AUGACAUCUGAAAACAAAAAACAAAAAAGAACAGCUAUUAGUGAUGAAAUAAAGCAUGAAAUUUGUGAAUUUCAUACCAAAAAUUCACACUUAUCUCAUAUAGAUAUUGCAUUACACUUUAACCAACUUCAUAACUUUGAUAUUAAAAGAACAACCAUUAGCAAAAUCUUAAAAGAUAAAGGACGAUGGCUUUCUGCUAUUACAAAUCCUCCAAUUCCAACUUAUAAACACCGUGAAGUAAAAUGUCCUUUACUUGAAGAGGCCCUUUCUAUUUGG